CAAGCAACCCCCCCCCCCCCCUCUCUCUCUCUCUCUCUCUCUCUCUGUGAAAAUGCUGGGAAAGAAGAUGGGUUCUGUGAAAAAGCUGGCCAAGAAGAAGGUGAAAGUUAUGGGCGGAGCCGAGCAUGAGUGUCUCUUGAUGGGGGCGGAGUGCUGCGGUGGAGACGAGGAAUCGAGUUCCGGCAAGACGCCGACGGGGUUCUUGGCGAUCUACGUGGGAGAGGAGAGGCGGCGGUUUGUGGUGCCAACGGGAUACCUCUCGCACCCGCUGUUCAAGAUGCUGCUGGAGAAGGCCUACGACGAGUUCGGGUUCGAUCAGCGAAACGGGCUGGUGGUUCCGUGCAGCGUGGAGGCGUUCCAGGAGGUGGUCGCCGCCGUGGAGAGCUGCCAUGGCAGGUUUGAUUUGGGGAAGCUGAUGGAAGAGUUUUUGUGAGGGAUCUCGCCGGCCGGAAGCUGCAAUGGCGGGAAGAAGAUAGCUAGCCACAUACAAAAGACUGUGUAAGAAGAGUUUAGUACAGUUUGGAGUAGGAGAUAUGUUGUACAUAAGGAUUUGAGUUUCCAUUAGAAGAUGGGUGGCAAAGUUUUGAUCAAAAUGGAAGAGGGUUCUUCUCUCUGCUUUAUAGGCUUUGACUUGUUUGGUAAUACGGGAGAUGACUCUCUCUCUCUUUCUCUCUCGGUAGAACAAAGAUCUUCAUCCAAUGUACUAAGAUGCUUCAAUUAAGCUAAUGGUCCAGUAGUUAUCUCGAUCUUAAUUAAACCCAUGAUGGUUAGA